AUGGGAAAUUUUAAAGAAAAACAUCAACAACGGAAAUCAGAACUUGCAAUGAAACUUGUUUGUUUCAUAAUUUUAAUAUUUUUUUCAAGUUCAAGUGAUGCUCAAUAUGAGCUUCCCGAAGGGACAACUUGUGAUGAUUUUUGUGAAAUAAAUUCUAAUAUUGAUCCGUCGCAGGUGCAUGAUAUUUAUUACCUUACUGACUUAAUUCCAUACUUUUUCGACGUGGACGUAAGUUGCACUUAUAUUAAUGUAUCAAAACCAGAUGAAAAUGGAAUGCAGUUUUUUCAAAGAAUUGAAAGAUAUAAAGGUGAACAUCGAGAGACUGGUGGUAGUUUCAUUAUUAAUGAUUCAGCCGUGGAACUAGUGUUUAGUGAUUUGGGUCUUCCAUUUUCUGGCAAAUUUCUGGCUAUUACACCAAAUAUUAUUGCAUUCGUUUACUGCAAUGACUGCGGUUUCUUUGAAAAGGAAGGCGCUGGAGUUUACAUUUACAUUUUCUCAAAACUCGCUUUCCCUGAGUGUGAUGAUUUAAAUCCGAUAAUGGACGUCUUCGAUAAAUGUGGAAUUCCAAGUUCUGAGUUUACGAAAGUUGGGCAGUCAAAUUGUAAUGAAUGUUAACAUUCAACUCAUUUGAUGGAAUAUUAUUUAAAUGAAGAAUUAUUCAUAUUUUAUGAAGCUUCUAUCUAACGUCUUAGCUACAGUUAAGUGAAUUUAAUCAAUAAAAAAAUGUGAAAUAG